UCACUCACCGCACUCAGUCGCACCUCGGCCCCGUUCUGUACUAGACGUAUGUUGCAGUGACAAGCUGAAUUAGCUAUUACCUCUCGCAGUUAAAUUCAUUAGUUUUCCUUCUGAGAAAACCAAGUGAUAAUAACCGCGCCUCGAGGCUUGUGAGUGGAUUUAUCAUAUGUGCUUUUACUCAUAAUCGGAGCAUUCUUACACCACUCAAGUUUUCGGCCACGUGAUGCUGUAAUGAGAUCUGAUAUCUCGGCAGUAUCUUCUCAUCUGCAUGAUUGACGCGGUGUCCUCAGGCAGCCGAUAAGGGACAGAAUGCGAUCUGUCAGACUGUCACUGAUAAACACACGAGAUAACUCGAGAGCUGAGUUCGUUUAGUUUAGAACAAUAUGUGUACGAAGAAGGUGCUUUAGUGUUAAUGGUGCUAAGUUGAUAUGGCGAAUAUAUUAAAAAGGACAUUCAGUAGCAGUAGCAGCGGCAAAAGCAGAAUCGGAAAUGCGGCGUCCGAGCGACACGAAGAGGAUGCGGCCGUGAGCCGAGACGUCUCCGCGAAGAACACCGCCGGCAUGGAUCGCUGGCAGACCACGCUCGAGGACAUGAUUCAUCUGCGUUCCUCUAACAACCAGGCCUUCAAAGAUAACUAUUGGGCACAAAAUGGCUUCGAUGAGCUGCGUCGCUACGUAAAGCAAGGCAGCGACUUCAGUAAGGAGCUGGCCUCAAUCUUACAAGAAAGGGUAGAAGCAGAAAAUUAUUAUUCGAAGUGCUUAACGAAACUCAGUACGAAGUUAAGUAAAGCAUGCAAAGAAAGCAUCGGCUCCUGCGCGGAAGCGUGGAAGCAUGUUGCUUUAGAAAUGGAAAAACGAUCAGAAAUACACAGAAAUUAUUCCAGUGCCUUAACCGAAGAACUUGUAAAACCAAUGAAGCACGUCAUAGAUAGCCAGCUUAAGCUAAGAAAGAAGAUCGAAGGUAAUGUUGAUAAAACGACACGAACGCUCUCCGACUGGAGGUCUGCCGAAGCCAAGUCGAAGCGGCAGUCGCACGCUGCGGCGCGGGAAAACGAGAAGUUGCAAGACGCCUCGCUGGAUGUUAGCCGCAUAUCGCGCAGCUCGAGUGUGGGUCACAUACCCCAUUCUAUAUUGAGCGCGGCGCGGGCGGAACGAACUACAAACCCGACAAGUGAGAGGGAUGCCGCCAAGCUGCAGAUAAAGAAGAGGAAAACAGAGGAUGCCGUUAAGAAAACCGAGGUCGAAUAUUAUAAUGUUUGCGUUCAGGCAGAAAGAGCGAGGUUGGAAUGGGAAACGAGCGUUGUGAAAGGUGCAGGUAUGCUGGAAUCGCUCGAAGAGGAGAGACUCGCUCAGAUGAAGAACUCCGCCGAUUGCUACCUUCGUCUGACGGCCGCUGUACCUCCACAAUUAGCAGAGGCUACGAACGCUCUCGUGGGGCCGAUCAAAAACGCGAAUGCGAAUGUAGAUAUGCGUGUGGUGCGAGGCGUGCGCUCGGCGCCAGCCGGAGCCAGCGAGCAAUUGCUGCCCGACUUCUACUGCGAGCACACUACGCUCGCCAUGAACAGAGAACGGCGAAAACAAGCACUCCUCAAAAUUAUGCAAUUGGUAAAACAAGACAUAGAAAGAGAACGGAAGUCUAAGCUAGGCUUAGAGAAAUUAUCGAUGGCUAUGAAACAAACGCCGACCUUUGGUAGUGAUGAUUCUCAACAAAACGUCGCCGACAAAUUGUAUCAUAUGAGAUCCAUGCUAACCUACUUAGAAGCGGUGCGGCACAAAAUAACCUCCAGCUUGAGUGAACUAGACAACAGGCCGCCCUGCCAGCACCCCCUGGCAACGCAUAUACAAGUCGUCAGAGACAAACAGGGCCUUCAACAGAGUAUACUCAAGAUCCCGCCAUGGCUGCAAGCUGAUUACCAAAACGAAGUCAACAAAAACCUUCAACCGAAUUACACAGCUUUGUCGAAAAGUGUGAACGGAGGGGAGGAGAAGGAGCGACGUGACUCUAUCAUGAGCCGCGCAUCCAGCAAAUUGCGCAUCGAACAUCUGUCGUUCAGGCGCAACACAGAGCAUAAGAGUGCACCGGUGACACCCUUGAGUGCGGAGCCGCCCGCGCCGCUCAAGCAGCCUUCACCGGAACCGCUGCCGCCGGAGAGCCCGCUCGACUGGAGCGAGCGCGGCGCCGGGGAUGGCCUCUCCACUCAGCAGGAUAGUGAUUUUGAUGAGUUCUCGUCGCAAAGUGACAGUUCAACAGAUUUAACAGAUGUAGGGAAGAAUAGCACGAACGAUGAGCAGAUACAGAAGUACAUCGGCAAAUGCCGCGCGCUCUACACGUACGAGGCGAGACUGGAUGACGAGCUUACAUUGUCACCAGGUGACAUUAUAAAUAUAUACGAGAAACAAGACGACGUCUGGUGGAGUGGAGACUUGAACGGUUCCUUCGGCAUCUUCCCCUCGUCCUACGUCGAAGAAAUCACCUCUUGUGUAUGAAGCUUCGACAAAUAAUACAUUGAUUACCAUUCGUGACCGAGCUUACCUUCACCGUAAGAAAUAAGCUGAGCUGAGGAUCCAAAAAUUGAGAAAGAACACAAAGUUGUUCUCCUCGACAUUUUGCAUUUUGCGCAGUGCAGAGGCACUGCACAUUCUAAACUCUUGUCUCUGAAACUGCCUCAAAUAAUUACUAUUUACUAUCAGUAUAAAAUUAUACAUGGUAUCGGAGCCAGCGCAUCGUGACGACCCGCUGAUCACCGAGCUCAUCUUUGGCUCUCGGACUGUAAUUUAUUACAAAAUGAAGGCAAAAACUAUUGGCUAAAGUGAAAACAGAGCAGUUCGUUACGUAAACAUAUUAAUUAAGUGAGGCACACUGAUGCUUCCGCACUGCCGACCACGGCACAAAAACUAGCCGCCGCAGUUGGCUGAAGACAUUCGAUCAAUAAACAAAAGCACAAAUAAAAUGUAUUACAUUCAUAGUAUCGUAGUUAAUUUACACUGCGGUUGCAAAGUAUUUAAGAAUAAAGCACUUGCGGCAAACAGGAGCCACCUCAAAUAAAAAUUCAAUAUUUUUAAUAAUUAUGCAACAUAAAAAACACGUAAAUAGCUAUAUUUACAUAAUUAAUUAUGUAAUAAAUUACCUUUUCACCGUCUUCAUAAUAGGGUUUUUUAGUAGGAUUUUCUUUUUUGAAAACACCGUUUAGUUUAAUUCUGUUGAAGUAGGUUGCCAUAUUACUUGUUAUGUAUAUAGCAGUCAAAAAUUUGACGAAUUCGCACAAUGAAAAUCACCACGGAACGUGUCACAAAGGAAAAGAAAUGUAGCAUAAUUUUAUUUAAUUCAAUUGGGCGUAUAUAAGUAGGCGAGUUUUAGUUACUUUAUGAGGAAUAUUUAUUAAGCAAAAAAAUAAACUACAAAAUCUAUUAAAUUAUUUUUCGGUUCUUUAAAAUUUUUAAAUCUUUCUUGAAUAUUCUGCGAAAUAUUAAUUAAUAAUAUUCAAAACGUUUUUUGUACACAUAGCUUUAGAAAUAUCCGUUGUGACAAUUUCGUGUCCACUAAUCGCACAACUGAUCAAAAUUUUUCACGGUCUAACUUGAAAAUUGCUACAAUUCAAAAAUUUAACCAUUCGAAUACUUCUACAUACCUUUGAAUAGUACAUUAAAUGAGGAUGGAAUAUAGUUAAUUUUUUUCUUAGAAAAUCGGCAUAAUUUGCUGAAAACUCUUAGCUAAAGUUUUGAAAAAUUAACGACGCGAACAGACGACACUGAAAAAACACUGAAGUGGUACUAAAAAAAAACAAAGCGGUUUAUUCGAAAGGAAAACGGCGAGAAUGGACCCACGUAAUUUAAAAAUUAACGAAGCAUCGUUAAUAUACAAGUUUAUAUAAAAAAUAUUUAUGAGAUUCAAAAGAAAGAACAUAUUAUAAUUUAUUAGAAAAUUAGUCGUGCAGCAACGGAACGGCGCCAUAGAGAUUUUGUUGACAUGACAAUUGAGUUUUGAAUAGAAAGCCCUUUAUAUUGUCGUUGUUUUCGAUGAAAAUGAUCAGAUAGUUGAAAUGUAUUUUAAUUCUUUGUUUAAGAAGAGACAGUAUAUAUUGUUAUACAUAGAGUGGUUUAAAUAAACCUAAAAUCCCAAAAUAAAGCAUACUUAUGAAAUAAAUCUAAGGACUUCAUACUCACAUAUGUACAUACCUAUGUUAUAGUUAUUCAUAUAAAUAUUAUUUUAACACAAUUGUAAUUCUACUCGUACAAUAAAUAAUUUUUGGUAAUCUUUUACUUUUAUAUUUUCUCACACACUUUUUUACACUUACCGUUUGUUUUGCCAAGUUCUAUAGUUACUAUGUAAGUUUCUAUGUCAUACGCUAUCCCUUCCGAUGGGUCCCAAAAUAAAUUCAUUCUCGCCAUUCUCCUCUACUAAAUAACAAACAAAUUUUGACUACUGGCAAGAUAGCGGAUCCGAUUGAAUCCUUUUAUUAUAAUACGUAUUUCAGCAGGAACUCAUGAGUACGUUAAGAACGCGCUUUACACGCUUCUCUCGGUACGACCGGCGGCCGGCAGUAUUCUAUUUUAUGUUGUGCUUCGUUGCCCGUACUUUAUAAAUUAUUCCAAAGAGUAUGGUGUAGGCCUUUUGAUAAUAAUGAUAAUUAAUACAAAGCGACUGAUAUACGCAAGAAAUACCUAUUCAUUAUAAAUCGGCGAUUCUUGCUAUCCGCAGGUACCGUGUUUUGAGCGAUCGUUAAUUAUUUAUUGUGUAUAGGUAGAUAGGUACUUAGAUGUAUGUAAUUUUUGUUUUUAGAACGUAUUUUGAGAAAUCGUGAAUAUUUGGAAAUAAUAUACAUAAUGAUAAAUUGUCUGCAAUAUGUACGUGUAAGCGUGUUAGUGUUAAAUUAAACCAAAGUAUUUUAUGUAAUAAACAAAAUGGUGAUAAUUAUACAUAACUGACUUAUUAUUUGUAAUUGUCUAAUUAUAUUUCUUCAUUGUU